AUGUCCUCGAGAUACACGACUUCUUUCGUGGGGAUGUCUCUCUCAAGUUGGGCCAAGCCAUCCGUCCUCCCACGGAAUCGCAUUAAAGCGUCUGUCAAACAGCCGGAAUAUCGUGCCUCGCCGUCUCCAGCUUUGAUUGCCCUCAUCCGCCGCCUCACCACGCUGGCCCCAAGAUCCCGAUCGUCACCGUCACCUUCUCCCUCCGCGAGACCCCGAGACGCGCACCGCCGUGCUCAGCGCUCAAAGCGUGGCUCCGUGUCUAAGCGCCCCGUCGAUCUCACACACAUCGACUGGAGUACGUCGUACGCGGCCGGCGAGUCUUCGUCGGCGUCGCAUUCGGAGAGCGACGAUGACGACUCGGAGACCGAAGAACUUCGUGGGCGAGUGCGUCUGCCUGAGAAAGUGGCAAGGAAUAAUGUCAUUGUACGGAGGGUCUCGUUCACUCGAUCGCGCUCGCCCCAUCCUCGCCAGCUGCAACCUGCGCUCUCGCCGAUAGUGUCCCUGUUACAUCGGCGGAAACUGGCCUCAGACCGUCAGCCAAUACUGUCGCGGUCGGUAGAAUUUUGUCUCCCCAUUCCCUUCUCCCGGAAUUCCUAUUCGUUUUCGAUAGAUUCUCGGCGAGCUGGGGAAUCGCUCAUUCUUUGGGGUUCGCUAUUCUAUGCGACAGUCCAGAUCGCGCAUGAACCCGCUGCUGGUAGCGACAAUCUGUGGUCGGCCUACGAGUUGUCUGUUCUUCUUGCCGCCACUGUUGUCUACAUUGUGUACACGUACGGCUCCGUGGGGGAGACGGCGACUAGACCGGCUACGGGCCAGGGUGUCAAAUCUGCUGACAAGUUUGGCUUUAUCUGGAUGUCCGUCCCAAAAAAUUACAGAGAAUCCAAUGACGACGGAAUUCUCACAGCCCUUCUACUUGGACCGCUCAUCGCUGCUUCGCUCCUUUGCGCUUCUUUUGGAGGAGAUGGAUUACCGGCCCGGUGGGCUAUCGAGGCUCCGUUCCGGCUAGCAAAACUCUCGCCUCAGGAUGCUCUCUUGAGAGGGCGAUAUACGCUUCUCUCGCUGUCGACACUGACGAGCGGCAUAUUGUUAGUGCAUGUUUGUGCAUCGAGAUGGUUGGAGGACCGCAGCCGGCUAGGUGCAUCUGCGACCGAGAACGGACCUGGACAAUAUGCCACGAUGGUCGGUCCUUCUGAUGGAGAAAGACGUUCAGUCCCUCGAAGCGAGGGCGUCAGGAGCGUUUACUUCAUUCUAUUUACCUUGUGUGUCACUGUGGGCUUCCUCGCUGUGCGUGCUGGGAUGGAGUUGUUUGAACUGGGUUUCUGGCAACAUCUGGAUCCAGUGGAGAUCACUAUUUCGGCUGUAUUCUAUCAGCUCACGCUGUAUGGAGCACUUCGAAUGGCCCACCGCGGUCUGACACUGGGAGAACUAGGAUUUGUCUGUUUCGGCGGUGCAGCGUUGUUCAGCGAGUUCCUCCGCUUCACGACUGCCAGGCUGUGGUCGAAAACAACACCCGGCUUCCUGACUUUUCGGUUGCCCACGCCGAUCUUGGUGCUGCAGAUGGCUCUCGUUGGCGGCCCAUUCUUGGCGGGUGCCUUGAUGGCCCCGUUUUUGGUGCUGUCCAGACACGCAGCAAAGACGCCGGUGCGACGGCGUCGUCGACUGAGUCCCGCCGAGGCACUGCAAGCUCGCCGAAGACUGGCUGCAGCAUUCUACAUCGGUGUUGCUUUGGUCGUAGUCGGUCCCAUCGGCCUGUGGGUGUGGUGGUGUCUGGGAAAGCGCAAUCCCUGGAUGUGGGUUCUUCGGUGGAUCGUUUCUCGCAACCGCAGACUAGCCCUGCUGGCCUAUUGGGCUACGCUUGGCGGUCUCAGUGUAGCAGGUUGGACGCGUCAACUCGCUCGCUCAAGGCGUGGAGCGGUCUUGGCCAUGGGAAUGGGUGUGAACAUGACUGGUGGGACGGCUAACAGUGACAGCGAUGGUGCUACUCAGGAUGGUUCUGCGCGCAGUGCGCUGAUCGCCGCGUCUGGCGAGUUGUUCGAUCGAGCCCCAACGCUGCGACUCAAUGCUCGGCGCAAAUUUUUCCAUGCCCUCGUCGUCUUCAUGUUUGUACCCGGUAUUGCCUUCGAUCCGGCAUUCACGCACUUGGCUUUCAGUACAGCGUUCGCCCUGUUUGUGUUCGCAGAAUAUAUCCGAUACUUCGCCAUUUAUCCGCUGGGAGCAGCGGUGCACCGGUUCAUGAGCGAAUUCAUCGACACCAAGGACGGAGGAACCGCAAUUCUGAGUCACUUCUAUUUGCUCACCGGAUGUGCUGGUGCGCUCUGGCUGGAAGGCUCGUCACCCCUGCUAGAGUAUACAGGAUUAUUAGUACUGGGUGUCGGUGAUGCUGUUGCCAGCAUUGUCGGCAAGCGGAUCGGCCGACAUUUAUGGUCUCCGACAACUCCUAAAACUUUGGAAGGCAGCAUGGCCUUUAUUAUAUCUGUGGUCGCCUCUGCACUUGUGUUGAGAUUAUGUGGUCUCGCCGAACCCUUUUCGAUCUACAAAUACUCAGCAGCAGUCGUGCUGGCAUCUAUUCUCGAAGCCCUCUCAGACCAAAAUGACAAUCUUACGCUUCCACUAUACACCUGGAGCAUACUUGUACUCGGAAAAGUAUCAUAAUAUAGGGAGUACAUAUGUAGAGUUGCUGUAGAACAGGACUGGAGAGCGGAUUGAACAUUCACUAGCAGACACAGACAUUUCCUAUCAGUACAGAUAUGUGAUGCACCACCGAUUGAACACAGUAAGCGGCGUCCACCUAGUUACAUUGUAUCAAGCUGCAGCCUCCGCCCCCGGGCAGUCACGAGAGAUAUGUCUAAAUAACAUUGAGACAGAGCAAAGACAGGGUAAUCAUUGCUUACCCCUCACUGCCGCAAGUGUAGCAGGCUCGCUUCUGAGCUUGAGUGCAGUCGCGGCUGAUGUGACCCUACAAGCAUUUGGACUUCGGUUUUUGUAGUUUGGGCAGUCAACAGAUACUCACAACACCACCACAGUUGUAGCACUUGGAUCCUUGGACACAAUCACGGCUCAAGUGGCCGGUUCCGCCGCAAGUGUAGCAGGUCUUGCCUCCAAACGAUCCAUAUGAGCUUGACUUUCCGCCGCGACCUCCACCAGUGCUGGAUCCGCUGAAAAGGAAGGAACAUAAAAAACAAUGCGAUCGCUUCCAAAUGUGGAGUAGCGCACCCAGCCUGAGGGCACUCCCGAGCGAUAUGGCCCUUCUCACCGCAACGGUAACAUUCAGCACCGCCGCGCUGGGCACCACCCGAAGCUGCUGCCGCAGUGGUAUCGGGGCAUUCACGCGACUAACAUGCCGUUGAGCGGAGCUAUGAUCAGCAUUAUAAGAAGCACGCACAAUGUGGCCUUCUUGACCGCACUUGUAGCAUGUCUUGGGUUUGGCUUCGCUCGUGCAAUCGCGAGAGACGUGUCCUUCGAGGCCGCCUAAGAACCUUGGUGAGCCAAACAUCAAGCUGAUAUUUACGAAACUCACAGUUGUAGCUGGAGAGACACGCGGUUGUGAGUAAACAGGUCCCGCCGAUUCUCGUGAAACAAUCACCAAGUGGGAGUUCCAGCCUUGGGACAGCUGGCAGCUUGAUGGCCGACUACGAUCCCAAAUCCGAUAUAACCGUUAUCGAAAGACAUUCAAGAGCGUUUGCGUCCAAGUUUGGAAAACAUUAUAUUCGCCCCCGCACCGCACGACAAGUUGUGUUGAGGAUAUGCAAAUGAAAAGGAACAGAACAUCGUCAGCAGCGUCCCCAAUUGGUAGCGAAGCAGAUAUAUGUCGAAAUGAGGGGAAGGACAGUGAUAUGGGGAAUGUGGAGUAGGGAGGGAAAGAAAGCACGACGACGACAACAACAACAACAACGCACAGCCCCCGCAGUUAAAGCAUCCUCGAGCAGACAUUUUCUUUGAUCGUUGGAGAGAUGACCGGUAAGGUUGGUGUUUCUGACCGUGAGUGGACUCGUUUGUCGGAGAUGAAGAUG